AUGGGCGGCGGAGGAGGAGGCGGGAAGUCCGAGAAGGUGCGGCGUUCGUCGUCGGCGCGGGUGAAGCUGUGGGUAGCGCGCGCCAGCACCGUGCUGCUCUGGACGUGCGUCGUCCACCUCGCGGCCUACCGGGAGCUCUGGGCGCCCAGCGUGCUCACCAGGUGGCCUGGCUGCCUCAACCACCCGCACGUCGUGCAGAAUUCAUCGGAGGAGGUGGCGGUGGCUGUGGCGGACGCCGGCCAGAGGCACGCAGCGCGCGCUGUGGUGCUUCCACCCAAAAGAAUCUACAAGAACAAUGGCUAUCUGAUGGUCUCCUGCAACGGUGGGCUUAAUCAGAUGCGAGCAGCAAUUUGUGAUAUGGUAACAAUUGCAAGGUAUCUGAACGUUACUCUUAUCGUACCAGAGUUGGAUAAAGCUUCAUUUUGGGCUGAUCCCAGUGAUUUUCAAGAUAUAUUUGAUGUGGACUACUUCAUAGCAUCACUAAGAGACGAGGUCCGAAUUCUGAGACAACUGCCUCCAAGGCUUAAAAGAAGAGUAGGAAUGGGAUUUCUUCGGUCCCUGCCACCAGUCAGUUGGUCUGAUAUCGCCUAUUACCAUCAUCAGAUUCUACCUCUGAUAAAGAAGUACAAGGUCAUUCACCUAAACAGGACAGAUGCUCGCCUUGCAAAUAAUGGCUUACCCAUGGAAAUUCAGAAACUAAGGUGUCGUGUCAAUUACAAUGCUUUGAGAUUUACCCCUGAAAUAGAAAAUCUGGGCAGACGUUUGGUUCAAGUUCUUCGCCGGAAUGGACCCUUUGUAGUUCUUCACUUACGGUAUGAGAUGGACAUGCUUGCCUUCUCUGGAUGCACACAUGGUUGCAGCAACAUGGAGGCUGAAGAGCUCACAAAAAUGAGAUAUGGCUACCCAUGGUGGAAGGAGAAAGUGAUUGACUCUGAUGCCAAGAGGAAAGGCGGGCUCUGUCCUUUAACACCGGAGGAGACUGCACUGGUGUUGCAGGCACUCGGAAUUGAUCGCAGUUAUCAAAUUUACAUUGCCGCAGGUGAAAUAUAUGGUGGACAAAGAAGAAUGGCUGCUCUUACCUUGGCUUAUCCCAAUGUGGUUAGAAAAGAGACACUAUUGCCUUCAGAACUCAGUCUUUUCCAGAACCAUUCUUCCCAGAUGGCAGCACUGGAUUACAUGGUAUCCUUGGAGAGUGAUAUUUUCAUACCCACUUAUGAUGGUAACAUGGCAAAAGUUGUAGAAGGUCAUCGCAGAUAUUUGGGAUUUAAGAAGACGGUACUGUUAGAUCGGAGGCAUAUUGUCGAGCUUGUAGAUGAGUACAGAAACGGCACAUUGGGCUGGACUGAUUUCUCCUCUGCUGUCAUGGCGUCACAUAUCAGCCGCAUGGGCGAGCCGUCUAGGAGGCAGAUGAUUCCCGACAAACCCAAGGAAGAGGAUUACUUCUAUGCGAACCCACACGAGUGUUUGCCCGCAGAAGACAUUUCAGUCUUGUGA